AUGACUAAUAUCAAUACUCAGCAAACCGACAAGGUGGAUUAUUCGCACGCAAUCGAGGUUGUCCCUAUCAGCCAAACUCAGGACGAUGAACAGUUUGUUGAGGACUGGCUAAGGCUCGACGAAGGGAUCCUCAACGAGCCAAGCGAUCCUGUCAGCCAAACUCCGGAGCACGAAGAGUUGGAUGAGGACUGCGUCAUGCUUCAGCAAGAGAUAUUCAAAGAGCAAACCGAUCCUGUAAACUACUAUGCGAGCCAUCCUGACCUGCGCAGGCUGCCAGGUCUUCGCUUCCCAGGAGAGAUCGGCGACCCUGUAACUCGAGUUGGCCAGGCUGGUUGGCGCAUGUUCUUUGAUGGCCCAGCUCUCCCGUCUCAUAGCAACAAGCUUCUUCUUGCCGCUAAUAUCAAGAAAUUCACGGAUAUUUAUGUGGAAGUCGUCACAGAAUCUCGCGGCGUCGGUCAAUGGAAUGAGGUUCUUCGAGAAGCCAUGCAGCGGUUGACGACAAGAACUGGCAGGGAGAAGUGGGGCGCCGUCGCUGUGGAGGAUUGUUCCAAGUGCAUGACCCGGCUGGUGGGAGCCCGCAACCUGUUUUUGAGGAGAAGUGAUCUGCGUCGCGGUCACCUCCGUGGUCAGCGCCCGAUAAAGCUUCCAAAGGGGUUCCGCCCUUUCUUGGCUAGUCUUGACAGGUGGAUUGAAGCUUCGGUUUGGAUUCAGCCAGGCCAUGAGCCCAGUGCGACUCACGAAUCGAUGGAACCCGCUGCGACAGAUGAGAAACCUCAGAGACCUCCUAAGAGGUCGCAUGAUGAGACAAGCCCGUCAGACGAAGAUGUGGAGCCGCCUAACAAGAUUCGUCAGGUUAAGGCGGAAGAUACUGGAGCAUCCAACCAGGCCGAGUCUUUGACCUCUGGUUAUGAGCAGCGUAUUGCGAUGCUGGAGGCUGAGAAUCGAAAGCUUCAACACAGCUUGGCCGAAAACAGCAAGAUUGCGGAGGAGGACGACUCAAGAAGACCUCGCAACUGGGUCAAAUCGGCAAGAGAUUGGGCAGCCUCCUUUUGGGGCUGA